UCUAGCACGUUUGGUCAGCUGGUUUUAGUAAAAUGAAUGCAAACCUAAGAUAAAUUAUCUCUGCGUUUUAGUACAAGAGCCUUUCGUUUGCUGCGAAUUUUGUAAAGUUAACUCUUGUUCUAAAUAUAUCAGCCUUACACUGUAAACAUGUUUUCUACCUCCUGAUUUUAUUGUAAAAUAAGAAGUAAAUUAAAACUACGAGUUUUGAAAUACCAGAUUUGUAGCACGGCUGUUAGUUACUGUUCUAAAAGGGAAAGAGAGACAAACAGCUUUGAUAAGUAAAAUCUACCUGAUCGACUCCAGGAGGCUGGAAGGAAGAGUUUAUCAGUGUCAACACAUAAUUUUUGCGGUUAUCUUUGUGAGUUGUAACUGAAUAUCCAAUGUGAGUGGUUGUUUAGGUGCUUCUUUAACCGAUUGUUAGAGUAAUGAGAUUAAAACUAAACUGACUUCAAUCACAUCUGCUAAAAGAAGCUUUGAUCCCAUUUGGAUAUUGGAAACCUGAAAUCAAAAGUGAUUAAAUUGAUUAGGUUGUUUCAGUUGCAGCUUUAUGCUUUUAUAAAGCAUUGUUGUUUCAUUGAUACAAUAUCAAUCGAUCAAUCAAAUUGAACUAUCUCAGCAAAACGUAAACAUUUAUAACAUCUAUUAUUACUGCUAUGAAUUAUUGUCAUUUUUCUCCUUGAAAUACCAACAUUUCCUCUUGGCUUCAUAUUUCGGUCUGUCUGAUUACGUAAUUUUUAAAUGAUAAUUUAAUCAGUUAGGGUUCUUGGGUAGACUUUCUACCAAAUACUUUUGGAUGGUUUCUUCUUACUUGAGUAAAAAUAUGUUGACGUGGUGCUGGUUUUACUUGAGGACGUUGUUUGGCUGCUCUAUCUGUGUAAAAUAUUCCUAUUCUGAGCCUGAAGUCGCGUUUUAAAAACUCAAACGCGGCGAAUCGUUUCUCAUGUGAUCGUCACGACCGCAGUCAUUGGCUGGACUGGGGUCACAUGAUCAGAAAUAUGUAAACACGAACCCAGACUCCGUAGUUCGCCUCGGUAAAAACAACCGAAAGUGAAGCCGAUUAUCCGAGGUGAACAAUCUCACUUUCCCUUCCAGCUUUCCUCGUGUUUGCGCUGCGCCGUUUGCGCACCAGCUGACUGCAAAGGCGCAGCUGCAGCGAGCCUAUAAGCUGAGUCUCCGCCUGCGUGUCCUGUCAGCGAUUUGCUCCAGGGUCUGACAGGAGCGCAGCCGCCUGAGCCGAUGACAGUCCGAGCAUGGAGAACCCGGAGAAGGGAGGCAGGAGGAGGAACCCGCUGGCCACCGCCAGCCUGCUCUCAAAGCUGUUCCUCUGUUGGUUGACGCCGCUGAUGCACCGCGGUAACAAACAGCGACUCAACGAGAGCGACAUGUACGGCGUUCUGCCAGAGGACGGCUCAGAAAACCUGGGAGAAAACCUGCAGAGAAUUUGGACCCAAGAAGUAAGAAGUGCAACAAAGGAACUCCGGGACCCAAAACUGACCCGGGUUCUCAUUAAGGCCUAUGGGAAAUCCUACGCUUUAGCUGGGCUGUAUGUUUUCUCACUGGAAGCCAUUAAGGUUGUCCAGCCUCUUCUUCUGGGGAAAAUAAUUGAGUAUUUUGAGAAGUACAACCCAGACGAUGCUGCUGGUCUUUACGCAGCGUACGGCUUUGCUGCCGCCAUGUCCGUCUCCACCUUCGCACUGACGAUCCUCCAACAUCUUUACUACUACCAGGUUCUCCGAAUUGGCAUGAGGAUUCGAGUGGCCAUGUGUCACAUGAUCUACCAGAAGGCUCUGCGUCUCAGCAGCGAGUCGAUGGGACGAACAACCACCGGGCAAAUCGUCAACCUCCUUUCUAAUGACGUAAACCGCUUUGACGAGAUCAUCCUGAACCUGCACUACCUGUGGGUCGGACCGCUUCAGGCGCUGGUCAUUGUCGUUUUCCUGUGGUCUGAAAUCGGCCCUUCCUGUCUGGCCGGCGUGGCCGCCGUCGCCCUCAUGAUGCCGGUCCAGACGUGGUUCGGAAAACUGUUUGGCAUCUUCAGGAGCAGAACGGCCGUCCUCACCGACAGCCGGAUCCGCAUCAUGAGCGAAGUGGUGUCUGGCAUCAGGAUCAUCAAGAUGUACGCCUGGGAGAAACCGCUGUCGGCUCUCAUCGCUGAACUCCGACGGAAAGAAAUCUGCCAGGUUUUGAAGAGCUCCUACCUGCGCGGACUCAACAUGGCUUCCUUCUUCGCCAGUAGCAAGAUCACGGUUUUCGUGACGUUCGCUGCCUACACUCUGCUGGGGAACGCCAUCACGGCCAGCAGCGUGUUCGUCACCGUGUCGCUCUAUGGCACCAUUAAGCUCACCGUCACGCUGUUCUUCCCUCUCGCCAUCGAAAAGAUGUCAGAGACCAUAGUGAGCGUUCAUAGGAUUAAGAAUUUCCUGACGUUGCAAGAAGUGGAGCGAAGAACCUUUGAACUGCACCUGGAGGAAAUGAAGGAAAGCGCCGUGGCGAUGGAGAAGCUGAGCUGCUGCUGGGACAAGACUCUGGACUCUCCGUCUCUGCAGAACAUUUCUGUCUCAGUGAAACCGCAUCAGCUUUUAGCUGUGAUUGGACCCGUAGGGGCUGGAAAGUCUUCGUUGCUGAGCGCCAUCCUGGGAGAGCUGCCGCGCGACGCGGGCGUGCUGGAGGUCAGAGGUCAGCUGGCCUACGCCUCCCAGCAGCCCUGGGUUUUCCCCGGAACCAUCCGCAGCAACAUCCUGUUUGGGAGAGAGCUGAACCCGAAGAAGUACGAGGAAGUCCUGCGCGCCUGCGCCCUGAAGAAGGAUCUGGAGCUUUUUCCUGAUGGAGAUCUGACUCUGAUCGGGGACAGAGGAGCCACGCUGAGCGGAGGACAGAAAGCUCGCCUCAACCUGGCCAGAGCUGUGUACCAGGAAGCAGACAUCUACCUGCUGGACGAUCCUUUAAGUGCCGUCGAUGCAGAAGUUGGAAAGCAUCUUUUUGAACAGUGCAUCUGCGGGCUGCUGCAGAACAAAUGUCGUGUGCUGGUCACGCACCAGCUGCAGUAUCUGAAGGCCGCAGACAAGAUUCUGGUCCUCAGGGAAGGCCACAUCAUGGGUCAGGGGAGCUACGGGGAGCUGCAGCGCUCCGGCCUGGACGUGGUUUCACUGCUGAGGAAAGACGAGGAGCAGGACUCCGAUAAACUGUCUCUGCACAGUCAGUGGACCAACUUCUCCCACAGUUCCCACAGCAGCCUCCUGCCAGCUGACACCGGAGACUCAGACCAACUUCCUGUGGAAGCGGCUCCAAUGCUCGCAGAAGAGAGUCGAGCAGAAGGAAACGUCGACAGCCACAUUUACCUGAAGUACUUCACUGCCGGCUGCAACUCUCUGGUUCUGCUGCUCAUCGUUCUCAUCAGCAUCAUAGCUGAGGUUGCGUACAUCCUGCAGGACUGGUGGCUGGUUUACUGGGCGAGAGCCGACGUCUCCAACAGCUCGGCUCCCGUCGUCAGCAUCAGAAAUGGCGCCAACGCCACGCCCACAGAGCUUCAUCUUCCCUUCUACCUCGGCGUUUACUCAGGUCUCACCGCGGCCGCCGUGGUGUUUGGUUUUGUCCGGAGUUUACUCAUCUUCCACGGUUUGGUGAAAUCGGCCCAGACUCUUCACAACAACAUGUUCAACGCCGUCCUUCGCUCUCAUGUUCACUUCUUCGACGUCAACCCCAUCGGACGAAUUCUCAACAGGUUUUCUAAGGACAUCGGCCAAAUGGACUCCAUGCUGCCCAUAACCUUUGUGGAUUUUUACCAGCUGUUCCUGCAGAACGUCGGCGUCGUGGCGGUGGCCGCCUCCGUCAUCCCUCUCAUCCUCGUCCCCGUCGUCCCUCUGCUCCUCUUCUUCCUUUACCUGAGGCGCUACUACCUGCACACGUCUCGGGACAUCAAGCGACUCGAGUCCACAACUCGCAGUCCCGUCUUCUCCCACCUGUCGUCGUCUCUUCAGGGUCUGUGGACGAUCCGAGCGUUCGGAGCCGAGGAGAGGCUGAGGAAAACCUUUGACUCCUACCAGGACCUGCAUUCAGAGGCCUGGUUUCUGUUCCUGAUGACCUCCAGAUGGUUCGCUUUGCGGCUCGACAGCAUUUGUUCCAUAUUCAUCACUUUCACGGCGUUUGGCUGCAUCCUGUUCAGAGACGGCCUGGAGGCCGGGCAGGUGGGGCUGGUUCUGACCUACGCCGUGACCCUGGUGGGAAACUUUCAGUGGACUGUGAGACAAAGUGCAGAGGUGGAGAACAUGAUGACUUCGGUGGAGCGAGUGGUGGAGUACACGGAGCUGGAGAGCGAAGCACCAUGGGAAACGGAGAAGCGUCCUCCUCCCGAUUGGCCGAGCGAUGGGGCUGUGACCUUUGACACAGUCAGCUUCUCCUACACCGCAGACGGUCCGCUGGUCCUGAAAGACAUCAGGGCUGCAAUUAAACCGAGUGAAAAGUUGGGGAUCGUCGGAAGAACCGGAGCCGGGAAAAGCUCCCUGAUCUCGGCUCUGUUCCGCCUGGCAGAACCCCAGGGAAAAAUCUACAUCGACGGCGUUUUGACCUCUGACCUCGGCCUGCACGACCUGCGCCAGAAGAUGUCCAUCAUUCCUCAGGACCCGGUGUUGUUUACCGACACGCUGAGGAAGAACCUGGAUCCGUUCGGCCAGCACUCUGACGAGGAGCUGUGGAAAGCUCUGGAGGAGGUCCAGCUGAAGUCCGUCGCCGAGGAUCUGCCGGGGAAGCUGGAGACGGUUCUGGCCGAGUCCGGCUCCAACUUCAGCGUGGGUCAGAGGCAGCUGGUGUGUCUGGCCCGAGCCGUCCUGAGGAGGAACCGCAUCCUCAUCAUCGACGAGGCCACGGCCAACGUGGACCCCCGGACAGACGAGCUGAUCCAGAAAACCAUCCGGGAAAAGUUCAGGUUCUGCACCGUUCUCACCAUCGCUCACCGCCUCAACACCAUCAUAGACAGCGACCGCAUCCUGGUUCUUGAUGGUGGCAGCAUCCAGGAAUUAGACCGACCCUUCGCUCUGCUUCAGAACCAAGAUGGCGCCCUGUACAAGCUGGUCCAGCAGACGGGCCAGGCCGAGGCGGCCGCCCUGCUGGAAUCAGCCAGACAGUCUGCACACCGAACCCAACCCAGCGACUCCCAGGACCCGAGAACGGAGCAGAACACUCCAGAACCAAAUGAAACGUGAAGUGGACGUUCAGGCAUGUGUUAGAAAUGUCUGAACUGUUCAGUUCAAAAGGAGAAAAUCAAAACGCAGAGUUUUUACAGACAUGAAUGUCAUAUUUAUAUUUUUAACGUAGGAACGACGGCCACUUUAGACGGUUUGAUCUCGCGAUUCACCGAUGAUCUGAUGUUUAGUGUAGUCUGUGUGGAUUAAUUUCAAAUGUUUUAAUUUUUUUAAACAGGCAUAAAUGUUCAGAAUUAUAAAUGUACCUGAUAGCUCUGCAGCAGUGCAGCUCAUUUAAAUACACCAGUAGCUCCACUAGUUUAAUAAAAGAAACUCAGACUGAUGAAAACAAAAGGUCGACUACCUCAGCUAAACGUGUAAAUAAACGGUGGCAAACAUUAGAAACAGUUCAGAAAGUUUGAUAAGUAAUUGAAAAUAAAUAGUAAAUAAUGAAGUAAUGUUACACAGAGCACAAAAUAUUAGAGGGAAAAAAAACAGCUUUUCAUUGACACUUGAUGUUUUUUAUAUCAGGACUGAACCUGGUAUGAAUAUUUUUGGAGCCAGUUUGUCCUUCCACUCAACUUUCCAAAUUAUGCAUCGAAUUCAAAUGAACUACAUCAGGAACUACAUUAUUUUUAGAAAUUAGUUUUUUAAAAUGUUCUGUUUUAUGAAAAUGCAUGUGUAGAGAAAAGAAUAGUAAAUAUACCAAAGACGGAUGAGUUUUUAGUUGUAAUGACGGUUCAACAGAAACCCUGCGGCGGCUCAGAUUAGCUCCCAUCGUUCACUGAUUGAAGUAACUUUUUGUGACACUUUACAGUCUAGUUUUAUCUAAAUAAAUGUAUUUUAAAGUAAAACCAAAAUGUAUGUAGAUAGAGUAGAAUGAUGAAAUAACCUGUAUAAAUGUCUCUGUUGUCUUUUCAGUGUUUAUCGUUGUCGGUUCCCAUAUGAAACGAGUCGCUCGUCUUCAGAUUUCAUGUGUAUUUCUGUCUUUACACUCCAAAUGCUAAUUUAAUUCCUAUAAGAAAGAAAGAAAACUGUUAUCUGUGAAUGUAAACUGUUCAAUUUUUCAUAAAGUGGAGUUUGUAAAA